AUGAAACGUUCUGUAAUAAUAACUAGAGGGCGUAGACUAUGUGAUAUGGUCAAUAAUUCAAUUAUACAAAAUAGUAACUCAGAGAUACCCAUUGAAAAUAACAACGUUUCUUUAGGUGAAAUAGAACUAAACAGUUUUCAUGAUUCAAACCUCCAAAAUAUCACAGACUCUCAUAAUGAUGUUGAAUUUUCUGAUUCAGAGUAG